AUGAUUAAAAACAAAAAGAAAUUUAAUGGUAUUAAAUUUAUAGAAGUAACCCAUAAAAUCUUACAAGUAAAAUUAAAUUUCAUUUUUUAUAAGUAAAAUGAGUAUAAUGAUAUUAUUAAAUGGGAUGAUCAAGGAAUAAACAUAAUCAUUAUGGAUAAAUUUCUUCUUUAAUAAAUUGUAUUACCCAAAUACUUUAAGCAUUCCAAAUAUUCAAGUUUUCUAAGGUUAUAUUCUAUUUUAUUAAUUAGAUAGUUAAACUUAUAUGGAUUUACAAGUAGCAAAGAUUAAAAUGGUUACUUAAAUUAUCAUCACAAAAAUUUUGCAAAAGACAAUUAUGAUAAAAAUAAUAUUCAAAAGAAAUUAUAAAUAAAAGAUAUUCAAAAGUCCUUAGGAAUAUUUUAAUAGGUAUAAACUGAACUUUAAAGUUAAUUAUUGAGUUUAUAAAUUGAAUAAAAUAGAAUCAAAUAAAGUCUUUUAAAUUCUAUUGAUUAAUAAUUAUCAAUUAGAUGCAAUAUAAAAGAGUUCUUAGAAGUAAAUAAUUAAAUCAUAAUUGAAUAGGCUAUCCGUUUCAUUAGAUUAUAGGGUGAAGAUUAUUUUGAUUAAUUUAUUAAAGGUAUUCAAACUAUUUUCUAAGGCUUGAAUCCCGCAGCAUGUAUCAAAUUUAUAUUAUAUAUAGAUUAUCAUUUUUAACAUCUAAUUAAUCUUGUAUUUAAAUAAUUCAAUAUUGAAGAAGUUCAAUCUAAUUAUUAUCAAUCCGAAAUAGAUGAAUAGAGCAACUCUUAUAUGAUAUCCCCCUGUCCUUUUGGAUUAUUUGAAUUAAGGGCAAAUAUAAAUGCUCAUAAUGAAUUAAAUUUCAAAAAUCAAGAAUUGACAUUGGAUUCAUGA